AUGGAUAACAGUACGCCCAUAAAAUUAAUAAGUUUUAAUUGUAAGAGCGUAGUGAGAUCCGCGGAAUGUAUUAGAAAGCUCUGCCUCAAGGCAGAUGUCGUUGCACUGCAAGAGACCUGGUUGCUGCCACAUGACUUGUCCUACCUGGGUACCAUCGACGACGGGUUUGCAUUUACCGGGACCUCUGCUGUAGAUACGUCUGUUGGAGUAUUGAGAGGCAGGCCGUACGGUGGAGUGGCUCUGCUAUGGAGAAAGUCAACGUUCCCGUGUGUCACCGCGUUAACUAGUGCUAGUGUUCGAGUGGCAGCUAUUAAAAUAGUGCACGGUGAUCGAUCGAGUUUAGUUGUGUCGGUGUACAUGCCUACCGCGAAACCGGAAAACUUACUCGAAUAUACGGAGUGUCUUAGUGAAAUAAACGCGUUAAUAGAAAACAACGACGUAGAGGCUGUGUAUGUGCUUGGGGAUUUUAAUGCACACCCGGGUGAGUUAUUUUCAAACGAACUAUUGAACUUCUGUGUCGAACGAAAGUGGUCGUGUGUGGACAUGGAAAUGCUUCCUCUAGACAGUUAUACAUUCGUGAGUGAUGCGCACGGCUGUCGGCGCUGGCUCGAUCACUGCGUGACGACCGACGCGGCCAGUCGCUCGAUUUGUAAUGUUGCGAUACUAUAUGAUGUUUACUGGUCUGAUCACUUGCCUUUAAUUGUUGAGUGUAAUUUUCAACUUAUAACGCCUAAGUUGACAUCCCCUAACACCAGGGUUAAUAAAGUUAUUUGGGGGGAAAGAAGCUCAGAACAGACCAGUAAAUACUCGAAGUUAUGUCAAAAUGAGCUUAGUAAGAUAGUGUUUCCUGCGCAUUUUUGCGAAUGCGCCGAUGGUUUCUGUAGUGACAUUAAACAUAGAUACGAUUUAAAACGAAUGUAUGAUAACAUAGUGCAAAUACUUAGAGAGGCGGCUGUGAACUCCUAUGUGGGCCCUACUUUUCGAAAACAUAGAUCUGUACCGGGAUGGAAUAUGCAUGUCAGUGACGCUCACAGGACGGCACGAUUAUUCUAUCAAAAUUGGCUUCUUAUGGGUAAGCCAAAGGGGGGAUCGGUUUAUGAGGAGAUGAGGGAAAGCAGACGGGUUUUUAAGUCAAAAUUAAAAUUGUGUCAGGAAAAUGAAAAUCAAAUAAAGUUAGAUAUCAUAGCGCAACAUCACGCAAGUAAAAAUUUUAGUAAAUUUUGGAAGAAAACAAACAAAUUGAAUCCAAAGUCAAAUAGCCGCCCUGCGAGCGUUGCUGGCUUUCACGAACCCCGUGAUAUAGCAAACUUUUUUAGACAACAUUUCAAGGUUGAUCUAUCGAGCAGCUCCGGUACUCGGAUGCUCAAUACUGUGCAACCGAAGUCAAUAAACGUUAGAUUUUCCGCUAACGAUGUAAAGAGGGUCAUAAGUCAGAUGGUACGAGGUAAGUCACCCGGUCACGAUGGGCUCAGUAUUGAGCAUCUGAAGUAUGCAGAGCCUGACUUGUCUAGAGUUCUCGCUAUGUUUUUUAACUUAUGUAUAAGUCACAGUUAUCUGCCAGAGGGUCUUAUGUACACCAUAGUAGUACCUAUAUUGAAAAAUAAAACAGGGGAUGUAUCCGAUGUGUCCAACUAUAGACCAAUCUCACUCGCUACGGUCAUAGCUAAGGUACUGGACAGUCUGCUUGAUAAGCAGUUAGAGGGGCAUAUUAAGCUUCAAGACUCCCAAUUUGGUUUUAGACCGGGUCUUUCUACAGAGAGUGCCAUCCUAUGCCUCAAGCAGACUGUACAGUACUAUACAGCUAGAAAAACUCCAGUUUAUGCCUGUUUUCUGGAUUUAUCAAAAGCUUUUGAUACAAUACGGUAUGAUGUGCUCUGGACAAAAUUAAGGGAGGAGACUGAUGUACCCUGCGAGGUUGCAUCUGUGCUAGAAUACUGGUACUACAACCAACGGAAUGUUGUAAAGUGGGCGGGCACGCACUCAGAAAUGUACGGGUUGGAAUGUGGGGUUAGACAGGGGGGCUUGACCUCUCCUCGUUUGUUUAACCUUUAUAUGAACGGGCUGCUUGCCGAGCUUAGAAAUUGCAACAUUGGCUGUCAUAUCGGGGGCGUCUGCGUAAAUAACAUCAGUUACGCUGACGAUAUGGUACUGUUAAGCCCGUCUAUAGGUGCACUGCGCAAAUUAAUGCGGAUUUGUGAACGGUACGCUGAGGCCCAGGGACUCAGAUAUAACUCGAAGAAGAGUGAACUCCUAGUGUUUAAGGCCGGCAAGAAAGUCUAUGCGAAUGUGCCACCUUUAUAUCUUGGAGGUGUUGCUUUAAAUAGAGUAGAACGUUUUAAGUAUCUGGGUCACUGGGUUUCGGACAACCUCAGUGAUGACGAGGAUGUGGAGCGAGAGCGCAGGGCACUGGCCGUGCGCUGCAACAUGCUGGCCCGAAGGUUUGCAAGGUGUAGUGAUAGUGUAAAAGUAACUCUGUUUAAGGCAUAUUGCCAAUCCUUCUACACCUGCAGCCUUUGGGUCAGGUAUACGCAGCGUGCGUACAACGCCCUGAGAGUCCAGUACAACAAUGCAUUCAGAGUGCUGCUCGAGUUGCCGCGUUACUGCAGUGCCUCCGAAAUGUUUACUACGAGGCGCGUUGAUAGCUUUAAGGCUAUUAUUCGUAAGAGGUGUGCAUCCAUGCUCCGGAGGCUACGAACCAGCUCGAACGGCAUUCUGAGUGCACUGGCGGACCGCUGGGACUCAGCAAUACUGCGCCACUGGAUACGGCUACAUUCUGACUGA